UUCAUAUAUUUCUCAAUACCAUAUGCAUAAUAAAUUAUAAUAUAUCAUUUAUUGAUGAUUCACGAGGAAGAUUUUCGUUCUUACCUAUUUUCAUGAGGAGAAUCUCUCAUUCACCAUGUCCUCGAACUAUUGAUCAAUGCCAUUUGACCAAUUGCUUUCUUUCAUUAGGUAUCAAACCCCUUAAUUUUCCUCUUCCAUACCGUGAGUUCUUGCCCUACCCCAUCACAUGCAAUACAAGCCAGCUUUGUCUCCUUUCAAUUGCCACUGCGUCUCCACAUGCUUAACUCUUGGCCAUAUCGAACCAAUAGAAAUUCCAAAUGAGCAAACCAGAAUUCCCUCGCAUACACCACAGGCCAUUAUAAACACAUUAGUGCCUUCCAUAGUAUAUAAACACGAUACCCAUGUGAAUAUCAAGUGGAAGCUAGAAAACACAUUAAAGCAGAAGUCUCCUGAUUGGGGAAUUCUACCAACCAUAUGAACGCAUUCCAAGUUCCAAUGGAGUUCCCGUUGAACCAGAGAACGAGGAGGAGGCUUGGAUUUCAAAUAAAGCUUCAAAUAUUCGAAUGCACCAAGCCCUUAUUCCUCGUCCUAUUCCUCUCCUUCUGUUUCUCCGAGGUAACAAAGAGCACGCAAUCAAAUGUUGCCCUACCCGGAUUCAGAUUUGGUGGUUCAUUUGUCAACCAAACCCUUGAAAUUGCAACGACUUAGCAUGUCAUUCUUCUUUUCUGUUGUCCAGACAAAGCUCGUCGAGGGUAGCAUUGAGCUCUGUCUUCUCUAUUUAACGUUUCCCUCUGACUAAUUGCUUUAACAAAAGCUAACAGUAACAAUUAUUAAUAAAUAGAGCAAAUCUGAAAAGCGAGACACCUCACGCUUUCACUUCACCACGACUAGAGACUAUAUAUGAAUGUAAGGAAUAAGAAUGAAAUAUCAAUCUUUCAAGAUACGUGGAGAGGCAUGGCGCAAAUCGUCUCAGAGGAGCUUCCUUUCUUGCCGACAGGUACAAUAAGAGAGUUGCGUCCUCUUUGGGUUGCAACGAGAAGGAAAGCCUUGUCUGCACAGGCCGUAAGGAGCUUCCAUCCUUCGAUGUAACUCUCUCAUAAAACUUAGUUCCGUCAAUCGCGUUCCAAUUGAAGCCAGAUUCAGUAAUCGACUCUAUUCGGUAUACAUGACAGCAACCCAACGUCUUAAAAUUGUUAGAAACCGAUCAAGAAAUUUAGGGUUACCGAUCUGGCUGAGUCACGGACUAGGUCGCUCUCUUUAAGACGUUCGCGACACUGCCUCGUAUUGCGCACAUCAGACUAUCAGCAGGUCGCCUCCAGGAUAAAACAGCCACUCUUUUGAUUUGCUUAGCAGUUUUGUGCGAAAAACCGGAGCUCUCUAAAUCGCACUCUCUCUCAUGUUUCUGCUCUCCAUGGUGUCUGUAGAGGGUUUAGGGGUCUGCUAUUUAUAAGAGCAGAAAACGUAUAAUAUUCCCUCUUUCUUUUGAAAUAAGCCACAUUUUAAUUAAGAAGAUAAUUACUUCCAUAAUUAAAAUGCAUUAUAUUAAGAUGACUAAUCCUAAUUAUCUUCAGAAUAUUCCUUUUAUUAAUUAUCCAUCUUAUGUUCGUAUCUCGAAAGAAUACUGGUUAAUUAAUUCAAUAUAGCUUUCAAAGCUAUUCAUUCCCAAAUAAUCAAGCAGAAGAUGGUAAAUAAGAGGACGAAGCUGAAGAGAGCAAUCAAAGCUGAAGAGAGCAAUCAAACACUCAAACCUUCGAACAAAAGGCCUUGUCAUCAUCCUCGUAUCCACCUUCCUCCAUUAUCACAUUACAAUUUGGCCAACCUUUCUCGUUCCAGCCACCCUUUUACUGGUGGUCGCUCCUCUUCCACCUGCCUUUCCUCCCUGAAGAUGAACGGAAUAUCCCAGAAAACCUUAUUGCCGAUGAGUUCCUCGAGUUCCUGCCGAAAAACGGGCGGGACAGGGACUCCAUCGGACUCGCCUGCAUUGACGAGGAGUCAACGAUUUUCCCGGAAAUUGUAGGUUUGUGGAGGGAAUUGAUGAGUACUCACGUAUGGAACGACUGCAAAAUCGACAUUCCCUAUCGAAUGAAAAGGCUCAUUGCUUUUGCUCGAAGGUUUAUGAAGGAUUAGUAAACUGUGAGCGACUUCAGUGGAGCCUUUUGAUGGUCCGUAGAUAUUGGGGAAAACGUUAUAAAACGUAGAAGACAGAUAACUUUCUGUCCGUUUGGUUCCAUUUGGUCACCUGGAGGUUAGGGUAAAUUUUAUGGGCCAAUUAGUUUUGGUCCAGAUUAUAUAAACUCGUGCAUUGCCACCAUACAUCCACGUGGCCCAAUAAAAAAUUGAGUUACCGGUGCUGUACUUUUUACCGCGACAUUGUAGUAUUAUCGUAUUGGCCAAAAAUUAAUUCAAUUGCUGAGUUCCAGAAAAGGGCCUUGAGCUGAAGUCACAUAAAGGAGUGUAUGGAAAACGAGCCCAUCCAUUCAUGGUCAUGUAACUUCGCAGAUAACAAGCCCAAAUCAAGCAGUUAUGUUUCGCUACGACCAAAAGUGUAUAGAAUGACGAACAAAAUCCUGCUCUCUAAACAAACAGAACAGAGAAGGAACUACUUAGUUAAAAAAAGACAAACGGUAAAGAUAGACAUAAUUAGGGGGAAAGUUAAUAUGCUAACUUGAAGAUUCGUUAGCAGAUACUAACUGAUAUCCAAAAUACAUGAACUAAUAUCCAAGUACUAAAGUAUCUACUAUUUAGAGAGCAUAGACUAGUAUUCAAAGUUUUUUAACUGAUAUCCACCAUGAAUCAACUAUUAUCCCAAAUUCACAAACUAAUAUCUAGACAACACAGAAUAGUAUCCAAACAGCACAUAAUUAGUAUCCAAACAGCACAUAAUUAGAAUCCUGAUAACACAUAAGAGAAUCCAGAUAACCCAUAAGAGUAUCCAUAUUGAAUACUAGUUGGUUGAUUGUGGAUAUUAGUUGGUAUCUGCUAUCUGGAUACUAGUUUGUGAUGUUUUGAAUACUAGUCUGUGCUAUCUAGAUACUUAGCAGACUUGGAUAUUAGUUCAAUCAUGUUGGAUAUUAGUUAGUAUAUACUAACGAAUUUUCAAGUUAGCGGAAUAACUAGGCUGCAUAAUUAGCGCUAGCAGUACAAAUGAAUACUAAAAAAUAUAACACUAGUUUGCACUAUAGAUCCUACACUAAUGCUGGUGAGUCGACCCUGGGUCGAUGGGGUGGCCUCGCUGCGGCAUAGUCGCUCUCUGUGUCUGGUGAUUUUUGUGGGGUAAGAUAAGUGAACUAUCCAUCGCUACUUUUUUUUUAUAAAUUAGGGUUCUCAAUGAGUCGAGCUUAUACUAAUUCAAGUUGGAUCCCAAAAGCUUGUCUCCUUUGCCAAGUAAUCCAGCACCCACUAGCUCGGUUUAUGAAGAUAAGAUACCUUUUUAUAAUAGAAUGUAUUCAAAAUG